ACUUCCCAGUUUCCCACCCCCCCAGUCCCCAGUCCCCUACUCUGAUCCCGUGCCCCUCGCCGCCGCCGACCCGGACCCCGUCACGUCACGCGCCCCAUGGCGCCCCACCUGCACCUCUUCCCUCCGCCGACCCUCACCGUCACGACCGCCGCCGCUCCAUGCCGCGCCGGUGUUGCCGCCAGAUCGGCUGCCCCGCGGGCCCGCGCGCUCUUCUCCUGCUCCCGUGCCCCAAUGAGGGUCCGGAGGACGGGGCGGUUCGGCGUCGCGGCGGCGGUGAAAGGGAGGGAGGACCAGGCGGAGGCGGAUGGCGGGCCCGGGCCCGCGGGGAGGAUGCGGCUCAACGAGUACAUGGUCGCCGUCGAGCGCCCGCUCGGCGUCCUUUUCGCGCUCGGCGUCGACGGCCGCGUCUUCGUUCACUCGCUCAGGAAAGGGGGGAACGCGGAGAAGUCGAGGAUCAUCAUGGUCGGCGACACCCUCAAGAAGGCGGGCGGUGGCGGGGGCCUCGUCACCAUCAAAGACCUAGGUGACACGGAGGUUGCACUGAGGGACAAGUCAGGACCAUGUAGCCUUGUCCUUGAAAGGCCAUUUGCUCCUUUUCCGAUCCAUGAGUUGCAUCAAAAUGAAGAUUACCACAUCCUAUUUAACAGAGGGCGGGUUCCUAUUGCUUCCUGGAAUAGUGUUCUGUUGUCCACAAAGCUGAACGAGUCUUCUGCGGGGGAAGGAAAAUCUGGUUUUGCUAUAUUCUCCCCAAGGAUGCUAAGUUCUCAAGGAUUGGCAAAUCUGUCUAGUGAGAAAGGUGGACUCAAUCAGAGCAGUACUAACCUUGCAGAUCGCAUUAGUGAGAUUGUUGGUUUAUACUCUGAUGAAGAUGAUGUGAAUGCUGAAUGGGCACAUGGCAGCUUUCCUCUGGAGGAGUACAUUAAAGCACUAGACCAUGCUAAAGAUGAACUGUACUACAAUCAUUCACUUGGUAUGCAGUACAGCAAGAUUACUGAACAAAUAUUUGUUGGCUCAUGCGUACAAACCAAAAGAGACGUGAAGAUGUUAUCAGAGACUGUGGGUAUUACUGCUGUUCUGAAUUUCCAAAGUGAAAGUGAACGCAUUAACUGGGGAAUCAAUUCAGAGGCAAUCAACAAUUCUUGUCGUGAGAAUAACAUCUUGAUGGUUAACUAUCCUAUACGAGAGGUUGAUUCCAUGGACCUCAGGAAGAAGCUUCCUUUCUGUGUUGGUCUUUUAUUGCGCCUUAUAAGGAAGAACUACCGUAUAUAUGUGACUUGUACCACUGGAUAUGAUAGAUCACCAGCAUGUGUGAUUUCGUACUUACACUGGGUUCAAGAUACGCCUCUCCAUAUUGCUCACAAGUUCAUCACUGGUUUGCACUCUUGUAGACCUGACAGAGCUGCAAUUGUUUGGGCAACUUGGGAUCUUAUUGCAUUAGUUGAAAAUGGAAGGCAUGAUGGUAGUCCCACACAUUCAGUAUGCUUUGUCUGGAAUAGUGGUCGGGAGGGUGAAGAUGUCGAAUUGGUUGGAGAUUUUACAAGUAACUGGAAGGACAAAAUAAAGUGUAACCACAAGGGUGGAUCGAGAUAUGAAGCUGAAGUUCGACUUCGACAUGGAAAGUACUAUUACAAGUUUAUAGUUGGGGGCCAGUGGAGGCACUCGACUUCAUUGCCGACAGAAACAGAUGAGCAUAGGAACGUGAACAAUGUGAUCAGAGUUGGUGACAUCGCUCAGAUUCGUCCUGCUCCUAGCCAACUACAGAUAAGGGACCCUACUGUUGUCAAGGUCAUAGAAAGAGCGCUAACCGAGGAUGAGCGAUUUUCAUUGGCUUUUGCAGCACGCCGCAUGGCAUUUGCAAUCUGCCCAAUCAGAUUGUCCCCAAAGCAGUAAACAUGUCAUACCUUUCCCCGUAGAACCAGACAAUGGAACGUCGAGGAUCAGCCAUUUUGUAGAUACAGAAAAUGCAUGUAACAACAGAGGUACCUUACUGUAUUUAUCUGUUCACACAGACUGAAACGCGGAUAAGUGGUUCAGCAAUGAGCACAAUGUACACCUCUUUGUAAUUCUAUGGACUGUACCUGAAAUAAACAUAGUUUUAGACUA